UAUAAUGAAAACUUGUAUGCGGUACACCUAAAUAAGGAUGUUUUAACUUUUGAUAAACCAGUCUACGUUGGGUUUUCCGUCUUGGAAAUUUCCAAGACGUUAAUGUAUGACUUUCAUUACAAUGUAAUGAAAGAGUACUACGGUUGCGAUAUUGAACUACUCUAUAUGGAUACAGAUUCUCUAAUGUACCUGAUUAAGACCAAAGAUUUUUAUGCCGAUGUGUUGUCCAAACCGGGUUUUUUAGAAAAAUUGGAUACAUCCAAUUUUCCACCUUCACAUUCAUGUUAUAGGACAGAAAGAAAAAAAGUUCCUGGGACUUUUACAGAUGAGACUGGAGGCGACAUUAUUUGGGAACAAAUUGCACUUCGAGCAAAAUCUUAUGGUUACAUACUAAUGGGGGCCGAACACAUCAAGGCUAAGGGGGUCGCUUAUCACGUGAUUAAAAACCACAUGACAUUUGAGGACCACAAAGACUGUCUAUUUCAGGGUAUCAAUGGAAAAGACCCAAACAGUUUCAACCCUUAUCGAACGAUGAAUUCGUUUCGAUCCUAUAAACAUGACAUUAAGAGUAUCUCAACCGUUAAGCUGGCUCUAAAUAGGAAUGACGACAAGCGAGUUGUAUUGGCAGACCGCAUACAUACUCUACCUUAUGGUCAUUAUAAACUUGAGUAA